AACAACGGUAUUAUUGCGUCUGCGCGUAGGGUACUUAUUGUAGCAUAAUGGAAGAUUUUGGUGAGGAGUUGGCGUAUAGGACGAAAGGCUGCACAAAAUAAAUAAAUAUUACUUAUUGUUUAUGUUUGAGUUUACUUAAAGUGGUGUUUUAGAUGACUGCAAAAUAUCAGAAUCGAAAUACUUCAUAUAAAUGAUUAAAUAUAGAUAACCUUUGUGUUCACAAGGGAAGCAACCAGCUUUUGAUAUGCGUGCAUUGAGUUACAAAUCGUGUUUCUGGUGGACAAAUUUCAUAUCUUGGAAUUCUUUGUUCUGGUAUAGUUAGUAUGCAUUGCGAGAUAUGGAGUUUGGAUUCCGGGGUUUAAGAUUACCUCGAAGUAUUAAUUGAUUUUUGAGAUGUUUGGAGGUUUUAGAUUAACCAGAAGCAUAUAGUUCUCCAAAAGCGUUACGGCUUGUUGACCUGUUUAUUGUCUAAUCUGGUGGAUUUUUUUUUCAAAUAUGAUGCAAACAGUGCAGUAUAGUCAACCUCCUCCUACUAUCCCUAAUAUGUCAGUUCCACCUCCAAUGAUGGUGCCCCAUCAUUUUACCCAACAUCGGUUCCAUGGAGAGAGAGGUGCUCACAGAGGUCAUUUCUUUCAACCAUUCCGCCCUUACCCUCGUCCAGGUCCUGGUGGACCAGACAGUGAAUUUGAUGGGAAGAGGCUUCGAAAGUCUGUCAUGCGAAAGACUGUUGAUUACAACUCAGCAUUAAUAAAGAUGUUGGAGUGUCGUGUAUGGCAGAGGGAUUUUCGGGAUCGGCGUGCAUUGCAACCAGAUGUGACAUAUUAUCCAGACCUCCAGCCACCUCCUAGUUACAUUGACAAUGCCAUCAACUCUGUUACGACACGCUUUGUCAAGACUGCCACCAAUAAAAUGCGCUGUCCCAUAUUUUGCAUGGCUUGGACUCCUGAAGGCCGCCGUCUGGUGACAGGUGCAUCCAGUGGAGAAUUUACACUCUGGAAUGGACUUACAUUCAACUUUGAGACCAUUUUACAGGCCCAUGACAGCCCAGUGAGAACUAUGGUAUGGUCCCAUAAUGAUGUGUGGAUGGUUACGGGAGAUCACGCUGGCUACGUCAAGUACUGGCAGAGCAAUAUGAAUAAUGUCAAGAUGUUCCAGGCACAUAAGGAGGCAAUCCGAGGUCUCAGCUUCAGCCCAACGGACCACAAGUUUGUGACUUGUUCGGAUGAUGGGACAUUGAGGAUCUGGGACUUCAUGCGAUGCUAUGAGGAGAGGAUUCUAAGAGGACACGGUGCUGAUGUCAAGUGUGUACACUGGCAUCCCCAGAAAGGUCUCAUCAUCUCAGGCAGUAAGGAUAAUCAACAGCCAGUGAAACUGUGGGAUCCGAAGACAGGCCAAUCACUCGCAACACUCCAUGCCCACAAGAGCACUGUGAUGGACAUCAAGUGGAAUUCUAAUGGAAAUUGGUUAGUGACUGCAUCUCGAGAUCAUCUCCUCAAGUUAUUUGAUCUGCGAAACCUGUCACAAGAAGUCCAGACUUUCCGUGGUCACAAAAAGGAAGCAAGCAGUGUAGCGUGGCAUCCUUACCAUGAGGGCCUCUUCUGCAGUGGAGGUUCAGAUGGUGCUAUUCUCUUUUGGCAUGUUGGUGCCGACAAAGAGGUGGGUGGCAUUGAGCAGGCCCAUGACAGCAUUGUGUGGACAUUAGCUUGGCAUCCACUUGGACAUAUCCUCUGCUCAGGAUCCAAUGAUCACACUAGUAAAUUCUGGACUCGUAACCGACCUGGUGACCUCAUGCGUGACAAAUACAAUCUCAAUACCCUGCCAGCUGGUUUGCCAGGUUUUGAAGACCAGGAUAUGGAUGAACCAGCCGUAAUACCUGGUAUGGGGCCUGAAGACAAGGUAGAGACUGUGGCAAGUCCCACAGCUGCUCAGAUCCCAGGACUUGACUUUGAUGCUGGUGAGGACAGACACCGUUCAUACCACAAAAAGGUGCCAUAUUCAAAACCAAUUCCAAGGAAUUUCCAGGCUCAGUGGAAUGAGACAGGAAGAGCAAAUCAUGAUGAUGGUCGAGAUGAAGACAGUGAUGAGGAGGAGGUGUCAUGGAGAGGUCGAAAAUCUUUAGUACUACCAAAGGAUCCACUAACUGAGGUUAUUACACAGCUAAUAGAAACAAAUCCACCCCCAGGUGUUGUUCCUCUUAGCCAGCUCCAACCACAAGCUAUUAUUGUUUAUGGAAAGCUACUCCCAGUUGAAGGAAAUCCAGCUUUAGCUAGUGCAAUUGCUGCAGGACCAUUGGCACUACAGCGUUUUAUUGAUUCGGGUGAACUGGAAGAAUUGGCUGAUGUAAUACCACACAUAGAUGAUAAUGAUGAAUUUGAUGAAUAUGAUGAUUAUGAUGACAACAUGGAUUUGGAGACUAUGUCAGAUAUUGAGCUUCCUGCACCUCUUCCAUCUUCUGUCUUUGCACGCAAAGCUGCUCAACAACAGCAACAACAACAGCAUCAACAUCAGCAUCAUCCUCCUCAUCAAAGGAAGUCACGAUUCAGUGAUCGUGAAGAUACAAAAGAUGAUUCAGAAGAAAAUGCUUCCAGUAAUAAUCGUGACACUCUUCGCAUCAGAAAUGCUCCUGUGGACUGUGGGUUGGAAGACAAAGACAUGCGCAAUUUACCUCUCCAGCAGCCACAGCCAUUAGGUUUCCCUGGACACCGGUCUGGGCCCGGACACCGUCUUGGCCUUGCCCCUGACCAGGACAUGAGAUUUACAGGGUCUUCAGUAGGGGAUUUGGAUCUACGUCAAACCCCUGGAGGAGCCACGGUACCAGGGUUGUUGGGAGUAACAAGUGACCAGGACUUUCGGAGACUUCAGAUCGACGGUGACCUGAGGCACCUUAAUAACUCAGUGCUCCCAAGGUCCCUAAUGGAUGAAGACAUGCGUAGUCAUCAAGGAUUUGACCAGGACAUGCGGGCAGAAUGUGGAAGAGACUUGGACUUACGCAACAAUCCAGGCAUUUUACCACAACUUCCAUCUUCUCAGCUUAUGGGUGGACAGUUUGACUCUGAUUUCCGUCAGCAGAAAAGUGGCAUUAUGCCUUUGCUGUCGCGACCUAAUCAGGGAUCCCCACUUCAUGGUGGGAUGAGAGGUGGUCCUCCAGAAAGCCUACGUGAACCAUAUGAUGAGGUAGAAGAUUCAAGAGACAGAGGUUCAGGAAUGAAUGAAGGACCAAGCAAGAGAGGGCUCAUGAUGGGAGGUCCACAGUUUGGUGAUCGCCCUCCAAGAAGUUUAUUGGAGCAAGAGGGGUGGGGAUCAGGUCCCAGAAAAAGACGCUGGGGUGAACCCCCACUGGAUGAAGAUGACAAUCGUGGUGAUUAUCAGUCAGGCCCAGGUGGAAACUUUAGGCAAGGAGGAAGCUUUCCUGGUGAGGAAAACUUCAGAGGUGGCUACCCUAUGAGUCCUGGGGAAGCAGGGAAUAGCCCAAGUAAUGGACGGCAUUUUGGAGCAGACCCAGAGGACAGUCAAGGUGGAAGUUAUAAUAGAGGAAACAGAGGGCCAGGUUCCUGGGGGGGAGGGGGAGGACCUUAUCCCCCAUCUAGACAAGGCAGCCCAUUCCAUUAUCAACCAGAAGGUGGAUUUCGAAGUCGUGGAGGCAGGGGUGGAUUCUCUAACAGGGGAAGAGGAGGUGGAAUGUCAAGAGGUGGCUCAAGAGGCAGAUUUGGAGGUCCUAGAGGAAUGCGUGGUGGACGUGGUCCAAAACGGGGACAGUUUUGAAUUUGUGAUUGUGACAAGAUCUGCAGUUAACAUUUUCAUGCUGAAAGGUGUGGUGGAUAUGUGUAAUUGUCAGUGCUGUAAAUCUUUGCUUUUCAUGUAUGAUAAUAUCUGACCUGCUUUUACAAAAUUCAUUACAUUUGAGUGCAUAAAAAAAACUUUCAAAGCUGUAUACAAAGUUAUCCACCUUUUCAUAUAUAAUUUUCCUACAUGAAGGUGUGGUUCAUGGUGAAUUUAUAUUGGCAAAUGGUCUUCAAAAUGUGGAACUUAAUUUUCAUUUCUGCCAAAUGACUUGGCCUGGAAUGGAAUAAUGUUGAGUAGAUCAACAAUUGCAUUUUGUUUUUAUAUGAACUUCAGAAUCUGUCCAUAAAUAAAAAAUGGGCUUUGAAUGACUUAGUGCUGAAGCAUAUAAUGUCUGCUUCAAACGGACCUUUCAAAUGCACUGGUUGGCCUGCAGUGUUGAAAUAGGACGAUGGCCCAGAAGCAUGCAGUUACUUUGCUGAAUCAGUUUUGAGUUAUCUUAUGUUCAUAAUCAAAAGCGAUUUAUAUCUUUAUCAGCCCAGCAAUUUACCAGAAUUGGUGUGCAAAGUAAUGGCCAAUGAGACACUUGCUAUUAAUGUACUAUUUAUGUGCUCCAUGUGUUUGUUUAGAGUACCAAGAAAGAGCAUAGUCUUAUCAUGAAAACAAAGUCAUCUAAUUAUAAUUUCAUUUACAGAAUAGUUGGGUCUGUUGAUUUAGUUUAUGUAACCAUCCUGUGACUAUUAUAACAUCAAAAAUUGUUUUUUA